AUGCAGCUCCUUGGGCGGAUAUGGAAGGUCGUGACCUCCUUUCUCGGCAUUGCGGGCCUGGAGAGCGCACUGAAGGCGGCCGACCAGAUUCCUCUUGGAGUUCCCGCUUUCCCUGAGUAUCAUGCACCAACCCCUCUGCGUCCCCUCCCGGGCCCCAUCUUCAAGCCGCCUGGCGGCAUCCCCAGCGGCGAUGGCUCCGACUUCCAGUGCGACUACUCCAAGAUGGUUGGUUUCAAGGAGUGCUCGAGCUCCACCGACCGCUCAUGCUGGCUCACGGACGGCACCACGACGUGGGAUAUAAACACUAACUACGAAGAGGUGGACGAAGCUGCCAGCACCCCGUCUAUGCCCAUCGGAGUAACACGUACCUACCAGCUCGUGGCCACCGACAGCCCCAUCGUCGCCGACGGCCUCGACUUUCCCGAGGGCAAGGUCUUUGACGGAGGCAGUGGACCGCAGUAUCCCGGCCCCUGGAUCCAGGCCUGCUGGGGCGACACGAUUGAGAUCACCGUGAUCAACAAGCUCAAGGGCAACGGCACUACCAUCCACUGGCACGGGCUUCGUCAGUGGUUCACCAUGCACAUGGACGGCGUCAACGGGCUCACGCAGUGCCCCAUCGCUCCCAGCUCCUCGUUUGUCUACCGGUUCAAUGCCACCCAGUAUGGGUCCUCGUGGUACCAUUCGCACUACUCCAUCCAGUAUGCCGACGGCUUGGUUGGGCCGAUUAGCAUCCACGGCCCGACCAGCGAGCCAUAUGAUAUUGCGCCCGAUCUACCGCUGCUCUUGACAGACUGGGCUCACAACAGUGCGUUCAACGUGGUUUCCUCGGGUGUCAUGGAGAACCCCAGCAUCCUCCUCAAUGGCCGGGGCAAUGCCAGCGCCUGGGAUAACACUGAUCCCAAGGGCUUCGACCCCAGCAAGGUCCAAAUCUACACACUCACCUUCCAACGCAACCAGACCAACCCCGAGCAGACACAGAAACAUCUGAUCCGGGUCAUCAACACGUCCUUUGACACCACCUUCACCUUCACCAUCGACGGCCACCAGAUGACGGUGGUCGAGGUGGACUUUGUCCCCAUCAACGGCUUCCCAGCAGAUGGCCCUACCACGAGCAUCACCGUUGGGAUUGGCCAGCGUUACAACAUCAUCGUAGAGUCUCUGCCCCGGCCCAGCGGCGCGUCGGGAGACUCGGACAGCUACUGGAUCCGGACCUACAUCCCCCCGAACUGCACAAACCGCAUGGUUCCUAGCGGCCCGGGAUACAUGCUGAACGGCAUCCUGCGGUACAGCAACGAGAGCACAAGCGCUCCCACGUCCGACGCGUGGCCGGGUGUGGCGGCCAAGCCGUGUGUCAACGACCCGGUGACCUUUGAGCCGGUCGUCAAGUGGAAUGUCGGGCCUCCCUCCAACAACGGCAGCAUCGGAGAGACUAGGCAGGUCAACACGACGAAGACCACCGUCACAAACUUCACAGUUGGGCGUCUUGGCCUGUGGGCGGUGGACACGGAUCGGUCCCAACCGCUACGGAUCAACUUCUCGGAUCCAUCCUUUUUCAACCAGAACCAGAGCCGACCAUGGAAGCCAGAAGAGGUGGUGCUAGUCGAGGACUGGAAGAACAUUGGCCCGACAGACUGGAUUUACAUUACCAUCACCAACUUCCAGGGCUUUGGGCCCCAUCCGAUGCAUCUCCACGGCCACGACUUUGCCAUCCUCAACAUCUCGUACACGCCGCCCAUCCCUGGCCAGGACGUGAUCCUCAACACCAACAACCCGCCGCGGCGGGACGUGGUGCUCGUUCCCACCGGGGGCUUCGUCGUCAUUGCGUUCCGCGCCGACAACCCGGGUAACUGGCUCAUGCACUGCCACAUUGCACAGCACGCGGCCGAGGGCCUGGGCCUGCAGAUUCUGGAGCGGCCCGAGAAGGCGCUGCAGAUUUGGCCGCCGGGCCAGUCGCAGGCGCUCAACAACACGCAGAAACUGUGCGCGGCGUGGACGGCGUGGCAGAGCAACUGCGCCAACUGGGCGGUGCCCUGUGCCGAUAUCUUUCAGGACGAUUCGGGGGUGUGA